AUGGCAACUGUGAAACCGGCGACCAACUUCAAUGCCUCCAAAGACGCUGAAGCCCUGCGGGCGGCCAUGAAAGGCCUGGGCACGGACGAGCAGGCGAUCAUUGACAUUCUGGCACACCGCAGCGUCAGCCAGCGACAGGAUAUCGCCAAAGCUUUCAAGUCUUCGUACGGAGAGGUGAGCAAAACCUUACUUUUUGUCAGUACAGGCAAUUUUUUGGCUCAAAUGAACUUUAUUAAAUAA